AUGGCUGGGUGCAGGCUCGAGCUGCUGCUAGUCCUGGCUUGGACUCUGCUGCUGGUGUCCGUCCGGGGGUGGGAGCGCAUAAAUGAAACUCAGCUUCGCAGUUUGUAUGAGCCCGGAGAGCGGGGCGAACCACAUGACCCUACAGAUUACAGUAGUGGCCUUGACCAGGGUGAAGCUAAAAUUCUUGAAGAUGUGGUCCUUGAAGCCGAAGGUGUUGCCAGCAGUGAAAACAUUGACUCCGAUGUUGACUAUGAUGACUUGGACAUAGAUGAUUCUAGACCCACGCGCUAUGGUGGUGGUGGUGUGGACCGUGGGCUCCAGGUAAAAUUUGAAGAUGAGCCUCCAAGGAGCUGGCCAGGCAGUUGUAAUCCAACUGCUUCUGAUCUAGAAGUUGUUUGCAGUGAAAGUGGCUUCCAAAUUACUCUGCCAACAGGACCUUUGAGUGAGGUCAAAGUGUUUGGCUCUGGGGACAGUCUGCUGCCUAUUGUUGGUGCUCCAGAAAACUGUGGUUAUGAAGUGGAUCCGCUGAAGAACACAUUAACCUUACCCUUCAAUGGGUGCAAUGUAGAGCGGCAUAGAUCCACAAGCACUGGUUCCACCAGCAAUGCUACCAGUUCCUCCAGUACCACAACCAAUUGCGGCAUCCCUGUGGGAGAGCAGGUGAGAUGUGGUCAUUAUGGAAUAUCUAUCUCAGAAUGUCAGGCCAUGGGCUGUUGUGUGGAUUUGCUAGCGUCUGUCUGCUACUACCCACUUGAAGAGUGCACAGUGGAUCAACAUUUUGUAUUUGCCAUUCGGUACAACUCUGCAUCCAUCCCUGUGGAUCCUACCAGACUGAUUGUUCCUGGAAAUCCAGAGUGUAAACCAGCCAUUGUUAACAACCAGGUCGCCAUCUUUAAGUUCAAAGUUACAGAAUGUGGAACCCAUUCUUACGAUGUUGGUGAGGUGACGAUAUACCUGGCUGAAGUGCAGAGUAUUGUUCACGCUCUCAAUCUAAAGUAUGGUGUCAUUACAAGAACUGAUCCACUCAGAUUCCUGAUUGAGUGCCGCUAUAACAAAUGGGGCAGUGCUCAGUCAAUGGCUAGUGUUGGCUACAUGGUGAAGACCCCACCUUCCAGUAUGCCUUCUUCAGUCAUCUCCAACAGUUUAUAUGGUGUCGAGUUGAGAAUUGCUAAAGAUGAGACUUAUUCAAGUUUCUAUGACCAUCACCAUCAGCCCUUGCGGCUGCUCCUCGGCCGCCCUGUGUAUCUUGAAUUGCGCCUCAGCUCUCCUAACGCAGAUGCAAUAAUUCUUGUGAAUUACUGCCUGGCAUAUCCUCGUUCUGCAAAAAAUGCUCUGGUGCUAAUCUAUGAAGGGUGUGCCAAUCCUCAUGAUCCACAUGUGUCCAUACUUAAAGUCAGCAAUGUUCCUGGAGUGAAUCAUGAAAAACGCUUUAUAGUGAGUGCCUUCCAGUUCAUGGAUCAAAGGACAAACAAGUACCUAAAUGAAGAGAUUUAUUUCAUGUGCUCUGCAGAAGUUUGUCUGCCAGCAGAGAAGAGAUGUGAUGAGCGGUGCUUUGAUGGGAGGGUUCAAUAAGGAUUUGAUCUGGAAACAAACAUUGUGAUUUAACUAAGAAAAUAAA